AUCUAUACAGUAACUGUAUCUUUACAGGUAAAUAUCACAGCUUUUUUUCUUCCUCUUCCUGGAUAAUACAAUGAGUACCAAAAAUAUACAUGUUGUGAUUGUGCUUUUUUCACUCAUAGGUAUAGAAACUAUAAAUGUUCAGAUACAGGCAACACCUUCAGAAGUAAUACUUGGACAGAAUAGUUUACAGUUGAGAUGUUCUUAUACAACUGUGACAGGAGAAUUUGUUACAAGUGCAAAUAUUCAGGCUAAAAUAAAUGGGCAGUUUAAAACACUAGCCACAUUUUACACUCCAUCAGUUCCAUUCAAUGCAACCCUUUCAACUGAUGGUAAAUAUUUAACAAACAGAGUGACUCUUACCAACCCAACAACUUUCUCUACAGAUUCUGCUAUAAUGCAGUUUUCCCAGAUAGCUUGUGAAGAUAAGAAUGAGUACAUGUGUGAAGUUUCAUAUGCAGGUUCAGGUGGAAGUACAGCUGCAACUUCUGGUGUCACAAAUAUAAGUGUUAAAGGUAAUCCAGAAAAACCAGACAGUGAACCAUCAUAUAUACCAUCAGCUGGAAUAGAAGAAGGAAACAAUGUUGUCUUUACAUGUACGGGUAAUGUUGGGAAACCACAAGGCAAAUUCAGAUGGGUGAGAUACAGAUAUAACUCUAAUGGUGAUACUAUACAGGAAACACCAUACGAAUCACAAAACACUACAGUUGUGCAGAUGCCAGGAAACUGUUCAUUUAAUGGUACCAGUCAGCUGACACUGGAGAUGGAACAACUAGAUAAUAAUGCUGUAGUUAGAUGCCAGGUUAUUUAUCAAAAUGUUCCACAGGAGUUAUACCAACAGACUAACCCCAUAAAGGUUUAUUAUAGUGUAAGAAAUGUUCAAGUAACAAAGUCUCCUAUCAUUCCAACAUUUACUGAAGGAGCAGGACCCAUUACUCUGACUUGUUCAUCAGAUGGAAAUCCUAUUAUAAUAAACACAGGUUAUACGUGGUACAAAGAAUUCAACACGAGUGUACCAUUAUGGACUGGUCCUACGUAUGUCAUUAAUAAUGUUGUGGUUGAUAAAACAGAUAACUACAUAUGUGUAGCACAGAACAGUUUUAAUGGACGAACAUUCAACAUGAACAAUUCUAUACACAUACAAAUAGACUUUACCACUACAACUGCCACGACAAUGACAAUGACAAAGAUGGAGACUACUUCUACUAACCAUAAAACAUUCAGCAUGAAGAUCGAAAAAGAAAGUUCAACAGUGGUUAAUUCAAUAUUAAUUGCUGUGGUAGCAGUACUUACUGUUUUGCAACUUGGAGAAAUAGUUGGUGUAUACAUAUUACACAAAAAAGGGAUUGUACAAUUCAAGAUCGGAAAAAAAGAAACGGUUUAUGCUGACGUCAAUAGUGAUAGUACACAAAUACACGUUUACAGUACAAUGAACAGUGCUGAAGAUAGCGGGAACAGUGACUAUAAUGAAAUUCACUGACGUCUUUACCUAAAGUCGAAAUAGAGAUGAAAAUUUGUGUAACGGAAGUUGGUAUGUUAGGCCGUUAUUUGGAAGGAGUUAUACUACUUUGUUUAUGCUGUCAUCAUUUGAAACAAUAUCACAAAAGCAUGCGUUAACUUAUCCAUAUUACUCGUUAUGAUAGAAAAAAUGCAUGUAUAUGCCAAAUAAGCUUGACGUAAUCAAAUACAACAACAUUUUAAAUAUAGUUGACACCGUAUCACAUUCAUAACAUAAGCUCUCGGUCUACCAAUUGUUGAGUGUAAAACGCUUGUACAAACGUUAAAAAAAAUACAAACAAAACCCAAAAACGUUUACAAAAAAGGUGACUCGAAUGUUUGCUUAAUAUCAGUCACUAUGUCCCACUCAAAAAUGUCUGGUUUCAAGGAUUAACCAAAAAAAAAAAAAAACUCCAGAUGUACACUGCAUGUCGAAAAUAGUUGCCGUAAUUAAUUUACGCAUUUUCUUUGGACACUGUACAAUAUCGUGUUUGUUCCAAUGUUCCGUUCGUAGCUGGUUAAAGUAUCCUUGUAAAUGUUGUCAUGCAGUUAUGAAUUUUUUAGUUUUUCAUAGUUGCCUAGAUAUGUAAAUCAAAGCAGUCGACAAGAGAUAGAGUUACAUUCCUUAUCACAACCUAGUGGAUAUAUAGAAAUGAACAACAGACAUUUUCACUUCAGAAUCCACAUCUUCACUACAGUAACCGUGCAUCUAAAAUCAUCACUAGUUUUUUUUUUUCUCUCUUUUUUAGUGAGUUUGUCAAUCUGGUUUAAUUAUACAGUGUCUACAAAAACGGCAUAAUGUAGAUUUUAUUCAGAAAAUUGUUAUAUUGUCUUAAAUCUGUGAAUAUUUGAUAAUAUGUAGGCUUAUAAUAAAGUAUAAACACCUUAUCACAUUUCAAACGGCAUUUCUAUAUGCUUUUGGUGGUUUUAUUGCUGGAUGCAGGUUUUAUUUGCGUUUAUUUUCAUUUAUUCGUUGCUCUUAUAUCUGAAGACAUCUAAAAAAGUUAGAAUCAGUUGUUUUACGUAUUAAAAAAAGCAAUGUUUUCAAAUGUUGUCUUCUGUUUAAAAAGAUCUGUAUCAAAGACAAAAGCAAUACAUUACCCUGGUUCAUAGUUACAAACUAUAAUGUAAGCGUCUCUCCAACCAAGAUUAUGUAUAUAUGGACACUUCCACAUUGCAUAUCCCACUGUUUUCGUAUCGGCCCACAUCAUCUAAAGAUGAUAAUACAAACAUGUUAAUUGUGAUUAUCAUACAAAUUACCGGCUAUCGUACCGGUACGGCUAGUGAAAUAGGUAAAACAGAUUAAAUUCUGCUGAUCAAGAUAAAUAUUGUAUUGCAAUGGCAAUCGGCAACGCUGGCAAAAAUCUGCUGUACAGGACUGCAAAUCUAUUGAAUUGCAUUGGGAAUCAAACACGCAGACAAACUAUAAUACGAGAUUUCUACAUUCAACGAGUUUUUGUCAGAACUAUCUCUGUUUUAUCACCGAGCAAGCUUUCCAAUAAAUUAUAUAGCUUAUUCGUCUAGUUUGACACCGGAAAUUCAGAGAAAAUAUUUAAUAGUGUAUUAUAUCAACUAUUUUUCAGAUAGUAUUGCUCUAAAAAUAGUUUCAAAAUUUUUUUUUUAGUAAUUCUAUUCCUUAAUUGUUUGCAUGUAUAUAGAACCCAGUCUAUAAGUAAUUCUCAGCAAACUCAACAUUACAGAAUUGGGAUUUUUACAAAAUUCAAAAAUCCAUGGUCUAUCUCCAUUAAAAUUAUAGAAAAUAAUGUCUCAAAAAAUAUUUUUGCUUUGUAAUGUUUUAUCUUCAGAAAGUUCUUUUCAUUUAUUAAAAGUGCUUACUUAGUUUUUAAAAACACAGUGGAACAAACAGUUUAGCUUGAAGUUCAUAAAUUUUAUUCCUACUUAACUUUCUAUUUUUCGGUCAAAUGUUAUUGAUAUUGCACUUUUACACGAUUGCAAAAUCAACUGAGUUGCAAGGGUAAUCAGAAAAUGCAGAUAAAAUAUGAAGUUCACGAUUGCAAAAGCUGUUUAAUUGCAAUGGUAAUCGGAAACACAGAAAAAAAUAUUACUUAGCAAGAUAGCUAAAACAAAUUUAAUGUUAUUUAUCGAUCUGCGGUACCGAUAGCCAUGUAUCUAUACUACUAAAAUAACGAAGUCCAAUUUGUUAGCUGGCAUGACGUGAAAACGUCGAAUAAAAUAAUACAACUUUAUAUAUAACAAAUAUAGGACAAUGAUGUUGUUUAAGAAUUACAUCAUUCGUGGACCUUUUGUUUUCCACAUAAUUAAUAUUACCAAUAAUUAAAUUACGGGUCAAAUCCGAUACCGAUACCAAUCAGGAGAACCUAGAAGUCUUCCAGUAGUUGUUGUAUAUCUAUGUUACACUAUGUUACUCUAUUUAACAAUUUUUCAACCCCAAUACCACUAUCAAUUUUGGUUAAUUAUUUAAAAAAACAUUUUUAGUUUAUAGUAAGUUUAUUGUAGUAAGAAAGUCAGGACGGAUUCAAAGAACAGAAAUAUUUUGAAAGCAGAGAAAACUGUUCAAGUUACAAUCAGCAUGACUUUAUCAGAUGACAAUACGAAUAUUAAAAAUUCAGGCUAAAAACAAGGCAUAGGAACUUUAAUUCAGUUACGGACCCGCGGGUGUGUUCUAGUAGGAUGUCAAUAUUAUAACACAUUGUUGUAACUACAUGCAUACAUGCUUUAAAGGAAAAUUGUUAAGUUAUAUAGAUAUACAUGUAAUAUUAUUAUUAUAUUGUACAAAUAUUGUUUAAUUAAAAUUUCAUAUUAUGUUUCUUUUAUAUCUAAGUUGCGUUUUCGUUCCUGUAUCAAUAGUAUAUGUUUCACUGUAAUAAAACGUUGGUUUCA